GGCAACGCAGUUGAAUAAGUAUUAACGCAGCGGUUGCGAAGCAGAGAAACUCAACAAUGGCAGGGCAAAUAAAAUUAACAAUGGGAAACCUACCUGUUGGUUAUCGUUUUAAACCAACGGAUGGUGAAAUAAUUAGUUUCUAUCUUCCACUGAAAUUGAAGGGAGAGAUAAUUCCUCACGAUUGCUUUGUAAAUUGCGAUUUGUAUGGAGACAAAGAGCCAUGGAUGAUUUUCGACAAAAAUCUGAAGGAAACCUUUUAUGCAUUCACCAAACUGAAGAAAAUAACGACUAAAAAUGGAUCUGUGAUUAAAAGAACAGCUGGUAUCGGAAAUUGGGAUUGUCAAAAUAUUGAAAUUGUUGAAAACAGGGAAGGUCGCUCAAUUGGGGUUAAGAAAUCAUUAGUUUUUCAAGUGGAGGAAGGGGAAUCGGAGGAGAAUGGCCACUGGGUCAUAGAUGAGUAUUCGGUUCAUCCCGAGGACGAAUAUGUUAUUUGCAGAAUCAGAAACAAAGAUAUGGACGAAGAAAAUCUUAUAAAAAAGCGCAUUCUAGCAAUGGAAGAAAACGAUCAACAGGCUCCAAAACGAUUUCGGGUUUCUGAUCUGAUUUCUCUGUCGGACCAAGAAGAUGUAAUCCAAGGCGAAGAAAGUUCCCCUGCGGAUGAAGAAACCACUGAUAGUGAUGAAUAUACUGACGAAGGUAGUGCAGAUAGCUCCAAGGACUGAAUAUUAUGGAAGGAUAUGCAGACUGAGACUGUCGUUGCUUUUGGUACAGUUGUGGCAGGAUUGUACUACCUCACCAAAGACUCCUUUUCUCUUCAAAGUCACAAUGCCAUCUACAUAGCAGAUUCUACACACCCCAGUUAUCUUGCCUAUCUAUGGCACUCUAGAUUAGGCCACUUAUCAAAUAAGAGAUUAAAUCAUGUUCAUGGCUUACCAAAAUGUGAUUUUUCUUCAAUUGUAUGCCCUGUUUGUCCACUUUCAAAGCAAUCAAGACUACCCUUUUCACCUAGCUA